GGGGUGGACACUAGGCGUGGGUUUUAGUGGGAGGUUACUAGGGCUGCUUACUAGAGGAGAGAGCCUGCUCGCGUGGAACCAGAAGAAAAGGGGGUCCAGGAACCACUCCAAACACAGUGGUGGGGGCGCAGCAACAGCAACAGAGAGCCCGACGGAGUUAGGACCGCUCGGAGCGUCCAGGUCUCGAGGUAGUAUAAGGUUUGCAAUCCUUCUACUUACUGCCAGUUGCAGAAGAUUUCGCUUUUAAGUGAAACGUACAUGCCACCCAUCCGUGGGCUGCUGCUUCUCUGAGCUUGCUUUCCCCCCUCCCUCCCUCUUUCCUCCACCUCCUUCCCUUCUCCCGUCUUCCUGUCUCACUCUCCCUUUAAUUUGUGUGCGCCCCUAAGUUUGUGAGAGAGCUCGCUGGCCACACUGAGGCAGGGUCCGUCCGGGCACGGCGCCGGGGGCGGGGGAGGCUGAGCUGGGGGAAUUGCAAUCCAGAAGGAUCUCGGGCCAUGUAUAUUUCAUCAAAUGGACUUUCCAAGUGUCUCGUCUGCCAGCCAUCAACGCUAUGUGCGGUGACAUUUCUGACUUGAGUAGAGGAAUGCGUGAAGGGAGCCCUGGCGAAAUUGGUACGAGAGGAUCUCCUUGGCGCCAGUGCUAAUUGUCCUGAUUUAUGUCCCUUCUGAGUGCGCUCAACGUCUUCAUCGGAGAUAAAAUGAGAGCGGUACUAAGCGGGGCAGAGCCGCCCGAGUGCUGCAUCUGAUCACGGGGAGUCCGGGCAUCCAGGCGUCCUGCAGCUCCGCACACCAAACAAACGAGCAAACACAAAAAAAGGAAAGAAAGAAAAAAGGAGGGGGUGAAAAUAAAGAAAACACAACAGCCACCGGGAAAGCUUCAGUAAAAGUUUAAGGCGAAAAGUGGGAGAGGUGGCGCGGGGAGUCGCAGAAGAAGAGUGAGCAACUGGGGAGACUGAGGAUGUUGGUGCCAGAAGAAAAGAAUGAUUGAUGGGAAACAGACACCGGGCUGUAGACACUCAUCCUUUUGCUUCAGAUACUGAUUUAUCAGCAAGGCUGGGCAUCCCUUGUGAGCCGUGAACAUAGAGGAGGAUCACUCAGGGUUAUCGGCAGUACAACUGAAGACCUACCACUUUGCUAAAUUAUCAUCCCUUCUUGGACAUUUGUUACAACAAUAAGAAAAAAAUCAAAACAAAACAAAGCAAGAUCCAACAAUCCUAGAGAUAAGUCCGGGACAAAGAAAGAUACUAGGGCUGGUUUUAAAGGCUGUCACAUGAGUAUGAUAGGCUUCCACCAAAGUCCUCAACUUACACAAAAAAGCACUAUAUUCUAAGACAUCACCACUCUUGGUUUUGAAACCUGCUUUGAGGCCACUUUGUGUGCAUAUACUUUUGACAAUAUACAGACCAAUAUACAUCAAGAAAGCAAAAUUACAAAUCUACCAACUUUGUUUCAGUCCUGGUGAAGUUUUCAAAGGAUUUAGAGAUGUAUUUGUCAAGAUUCUUAUCAAUCCAUGCCCUUUGGGUUACUGUGUCCUCAGUGAUGCAGCACUAUCCAUCAGUGUGGGGACAUUAUGAUGUAUGUAAGACUCAGAUUUACACAGAAGAAGGGAAAAUUUGGGAUUACAUGGCUUGCCAGCCAGAGGCUACUGACAUGACAAAAUAUCUGAAAGUGAAAUUGGAUCCUCCUGACAUUACCUGUGGAGACCCACCUGAGACAUUCUGUGCAAUGGGCAACCCCUACAUGUGCAAUAAUGAAUGUGAUGCAAGUACCCCUGAGCUGGCACAUCCCCCUGAGCUGAUGUUUGAUUUUGAAGGAAGACAUCCCUCCACAUUUUGGCAGUCUGCUACUUGGAAGGAGUACCCCAAGCCUCUCCAGGUUAACAUUACUCUGUCUUGGAGCAAAACCAUUGAACUCACAGAUAACAUAGUUAUUACCUUUGAAUCUGGGCGUCCAGACCAAAUGAUCUUGGAGAAAUCGCUUGAUUAUGGACGGACAUGGCAACCCUACCAGUAUUAUGCCACAGACUGCUUAGAUGCUUUCCACAUGGAUCCUAAAUCCGUGAAGGACUUAUCGCAGCACACAAUAUUAGAAAUCAUUUGCACAGAAGAGUACUCCACGGGGUACAUGACCAAUAGCAAAAUAAUCCACUUUGAAAUCAAAGAUAGGUUUGCAUUUUUUGCCGGACCCCGGCUUCGCAACAUGGCUUCCCUGUAUGGACAGCUGGAUACCACCAAGAAACUCAAAGAUUUCUUUACCAUCACAGACCUGAGGAUAAGACUACUGAGGCCAGCCACUGGGGAAAUAUUUGUAGAUGAGCAACACCUGGCCCGCUACUUUUAUGCGAUCUCAGACAUAAAGGUAUAUGGAAGGUGCAAGUGUAACCUUCACGCCACUGUGUGUGUCUUUGACAACAAUAAAUUGUCUUGUGAGUGUGAACACAACACUACAGGCCCCGACUGUGGGAAAUGCAAGAAGAAUUAUCAGGGCAGACCUUGGAGCCCCGGCUCGUACCUCCCCAUCCCCAAAGGCACGGCCAACACCUGUAUCCCCAGUAUUUCCAGUAUUGGUAACUGUGAAUGCUUCGGCCACUCCAAACGGUGCAGUUAUAUCGAGUUGCUCAAUACAGUCAUUUGCGUGAGCUGUAAACACAACACUAGAGGGCAACACUGUGAGUUAUGCAGGCUGGGCUACUUCAGAAAUGCUUCUGCACAGCUGGACGAUGAAAAUGUAUGCAUAGAGUGUUUUUGUAACCCUUUGGGCUCAAUCCAUGACCGUUGUAAUGGCACAGGAUUUUGUGAGUGUAAGACGGGAACAACAGGGCGUAAAUGUGAUGAGUGUCUGCCAGGAAAUUCCUGGCACUACGGCUGUCAACCCAAUGUGUGUGACAAUGAAUUCCUGCACUGCCAAAAUGGAGGGACGUGUCACAACAACGUGAAGUGUCAGUGUCCAGCUGGCUACACUGGCAUCCUGUGCGAGAAGCUACGGUGUGAGGAGGCUGGAAGUUGCAGCUCAGACUCUGGCCAUGGGGCAAGGGCACAGGGCUCUCUUACUUUGCUGGUGGCUCUGCUAGGAAUAACUGGCCCACACCUCUUUUAGGCUCAAGUAUACUCUAUGGCCUCAAGUUCAGCCAACUGAUAGGACUAUACCAUGGGGAAGCUAAACUAAUACAAGCUUUUGCUACUAACAUAGAAAAAUACACACACACAUGUUGAAAAACAAAAACAACUAAGGCGGCCUAACUGAACUAAGCCAUAUUAAUCAAUUGUGGACAGCAAUUCCGAGUCAAGACUGUUAAUUUCUGACUCCAGACAAGUUGGCAGCUGCUGAUAUUAUUACUACAAAUCACAACGCCAGCUGCAGGACUUACUGUGGAUUGAAGGGGCUGUAAAAGCCCUCCCCAUUCUCACCCCAAAACAGGGAAAAAAUUAAAAAAAACCAACAACCUAGAAACACACACAUAAACAUUUAUGCCUCUAAUCUGGUGCGCUCUCUUGUACCUCUCUGCCCAGUGUGUGGACCAACCAAAUAGAAGCAUUCUUUGCUGUCAGUGCAUUGUGGGUAUAAGGAAAUCUGGUCAAAGCUGCCAUAUUGGUCUGCUUCAGUCCCUGAAUCCCUUCCAAUCUGUGCUAUAGUGACCGUUGCUCUGUAAGUAACCCUUGUUGGUUGAAAGAUUUCUUUGUCUGAUGUUAGUGAUGCACAUGUGUUACAGCCCCUUCCAAAAAUAUCUCAAGACAGUCAUAUCCUUGUGUAUCUUAGCAGCACUACAUCACUCCAGUGCUGAUAUACACCUACCGUACAAGAGUGGCUAUAAGGGAAAAGAAAAAAGAAAAAAAAAAAAAAAGAAGUGUAUCUAUCCUUUUGUAUUCAAAUGAAGUUAUUUUUCUUGAAAUAAUGUACAAUGUAGAUUUUUUGUAUUAUUGCCAAUUUGUGUUACAAGACAAUCUGUUAAUGUAUUUGAUUCUAAUCAGAUAAGAAGAUGGUUACAUUUUCUUUGUCCUUUUUUUAAUUUGGUUUUGUUUUGUUUUGUUUAAUUGUGCAGAGAUCCCUCUGUAUGAGCAACGUGCUGGCAUCAAAGAAUAUCAGUUUACAUAUAUAAAAAGUGUAAUAAGAUUCCACCAAAGGACAUUCUCAAUGUUUUCUUGUUGCUUUAAUCUGGAAGAUUUAAAGAAUAAAAAUUCCUGCAUAAAUGAUA